AUGCGCCUUCUAGACCUCGAGGCCAAGUCGCCGCUGUUCUCUCAAUUUAUUGAGAGCCUAUCAGGCCUAGUGACAAUCCGUGCCUUCGGCUGGGCGUCUGCAUUCGAAGACCAGAAUCUGGCCCUGCUUGACGAGUCGCAGAGACCGUUUUAUUUACUUUUCUGUAUCCAGCGAUGGCUGGAACUAGCCCUGGAUCUAUCGGUGGCUAUUCUCGGUGCUAUCCUGAUGGUUCUCGUCGUCAAAUUGCGAAAUGAGGUUGGCACUGGAUAUGUCGGUCUCGCCAUCCUCAAUGUCAUCACUUUCAGCCAGUCGCUUUCUCAGAUUCUACGGAAUUGGGCCGAACUUGAGACUUCCAUCGGGGCUAUCGCUCGAAUUAGAGAUUUUGUUACCCAUACCGACUCCGAGAAUAAGCCAGGCGAGAACGAGGGGCUCCAAGCUAUGGACCUUGAUUUGUCCUCCUGGCCAUCCAGGGGUGCGAUUGAGUUUCAGAAUGUCUAUGCAUCUUACAAGGCAGGGGAAGAUCAACCACACGUACUUCGCAAUUUGAGCCUAUCGAUUCAGCCGGGUCAAAAAAUUGGGAUAUGUGGUCGCAGUGGCAGCGGCAAAAGCUCGCUUCUGGCUGCCCUGUUUCGACUACUGGAAAUUGAGUCACAAAGUCGAAUUCUGAUUGAUGGCGUGGAUAUUGCACACAUCCCACGGCAGAUUACACGUACAGCGCUUAACGCCAUUCCACAAGAGCCUUUUUUCACCCACGGCACUGUUCGUGCCAAUAUUGAUCCUUCCAAUACCAACAGCCUUGAAGUGAUUGAGCACGCUCUUCGUCGCGUUGAACUGUGGAAUAUUAUUGAGACGAAAGGCGGAUUCGAUGCCCCUCUAGAUGCCAAUUUUUUCUCUCAUGGCCAAAGACAACUCUUUUGUCUUGCACGCGCCCUGUUGCGCAAAAGCAAAAUAGUGAUUCUCGACGAAAUGACUAGCAAUGUGGAUGUUGUUUCUGACGCGUUGAUGCAACGGGUUGUUCGUGAAGAUUUUGCGGACUGCACGAUCUUGGCUGUUGCUCAUCGGCUCGAGACAAUCAUUGACUUUGAUCGCAUCGCCGUGAUACAGAAUGGUGAGCUGAUUGAAUUUGAUACGCCUCAGGUACUUCUUAAAACGGAUAGUGCGUUCAGGGAGCUCUACGAGUCAUGA